GGCGAGGCAGCCUCCCCCCUUCUCCUCCUCCUGAGGUCUCUUUUAUUUAUACACGCGCACACACACGCGUGCACAUCCCUCAGCCCGGGGCUUUGCUCCAAGCUGGGGCUUGAGGUGGCCAGACCCCCUCCCAGGUGGACUGGGGGCUGCCCAGAGCACUGCUGGGAUGCAGUAGAGGAGCAGAGCGAGGGCUUGGCUGCAGCCCAGCCCUGGCACAGCCUUGCCUCUCCUUUUGAUUCGAUUUGAUUUUUUUUUUUUCCCCUCCUCCCCUGCACUUCAUUUCUUCCCUACCCUUUCUUUCUCCUUUAAGUGGAAAAGCUUUGCCAGCUGGGGAAGGCUGGGAGGGCAGGGACAGCCUCAGCAGGCAGCAGAUAAAGAGUGCAGAGGAGGAAAGGAAGGAAUUUCGGGGCAGCCAGCACUUGUGGGACGUACGGCUCAGGCACUCGCCGGUGGGACCCUGCCCAAGGGUUUGGCCACCAAGCCAUGGAGCCCACCACGCUGUGCUCCUCUAUGAAGACAUCCCUCUGGCUCCUCAUCCUUACAGGUCUGCUGGAGGUAACGUCUGGGGGCAGUGGGCUGCACAUCGAACCCAGAGAUGCUGAGCUUGUCCUCAGUCUCCACAGCACCUUCUCCCUCCUGUGCUACGGGGAUGGCGCACUGGUCUGGGAACGGGAUGGUCAGCCCCUUGCUGCCUCUCUGGAGCUCAGGGAUGGUGUCUUUGUCAGCAAUCUCACCCUCAGGAACGUGACAGGCCGUCACACUGGGGAGUACACGUGCACCUACAGCUUUGACCAGGCUCCUGAGCCAGCGGAGAGGAAAGCACUGUACAUAUACGUUCCAGAUCCCUCCCUAGUCUUCCUCCCCACAAUCACCUCCGAAGAGCUCUUCAUCUUCAUCACGGGCUAUACAGAGGCUGUCAUCCCAUGCCGUGUGACCAACCCACAGAUGCAGGUGACCCUCUAUGAGAAAAAGGUGGAGAACCCCAUUCCAGCUGCUUAUGACCCACAACAAGGAUUCAAAGGCUUCUUUGAGGAUAAGACCUAUUUCUGCCGGGCAAUUGUGGAUGACCAGGAGGUGGAUUCAGACACCUUCUAUGUCUAUAGGAUCCAAGUCUCAUCUGUGAACGUCUCCAUCAGCGCAGUGCAGACCGUAGUGCGUCAGGGAGAAAAUGUUACCCUGAUGUGCACCGUGAGCGGCAAUGAGCUUGUCAACUUCAACUGGGAUUAUCCUCGCAAGCAAGCAGGGAAGGCUGUGGAGCCAGUGACCGACUUCCUGCCUGGAUCCACCCAUGAGAUCCGCUCCAUCCUCAUCAUUCAGAAUGCGGAGCUGGAAGACAGUGGGACCUAUGUCUGCAACGUCUCUGAAGGCUACCAUGAGAAAACAGACAGAAAAGACAUCACAGUCCAUGUGAUAGAGCGUGGCUUUGUGCGCUUCCACACCGACCUGCCCAGCACGGUGUACGCUGAGGUCCACAAGAGCCACACCAUCCAGGUGGAGAUGGAGGCCUACCCGCAACCCAGCAUCGUGUGGCUGAAAAACAACAAGACUUUGACCAUGGAGAGCAGCAGUGAGUUCACCAUCACCAACAGGAAUCUGUCAGAAACCAGGUAUCAGACAGCUCUGGUGCUGGUGCGGGUUAAGCAAGAAGAAGGAGGUUUUUACACCAUCCGGGCUUCCAAUGAGGAUGAUGAGCAGGAGCUGUCCUUCCAUCUGCAGAUAAAUGUGCCAGCCAAAGUGGUGGAUCUCAAGGAGAACAGCAGUGCCAGCAGUGGGGAGCAGACCGUGACGUGCUCUGCUGAAGGCAUGCCCCAACCUGAGAUCAGCUGGUCUACUUGCAGCAACAUCAAAUGGUGCAGCACCAAAGGGCAGCCCACCCGGCUGCUGGGGAAUGAGUCCGCAGAGAUCGGUCUGCAAACCAAUGCCACGUACCACGCUGAGCUGCAGGUGUACCGUGUGAACAGCACCCUGCAGCUGCACAGGGUGGAUGAGCCCCUGCUCCUGAGAUGCACUGUGCAAAACUUUCUGGGCACCAGCUCCCAGGACAUCACUUUGGUCCCACACGCCUUGCCGUUCAAGGUGGUCAUCAUCUCUGUCAUCCUGGCCUUGCUGGUCCUCACCGUCAUCUCCUUGAUCAUCCUGAUCGUUCUGUGGCAGAAGAAACCUCGUUAUGAGAUCCGCUGGAAGGUGAUUGAGUCAGUCAGCUCUGAUGGGCACGAGUACAUCUAUGUGGAUCCCAUGCAGCUCCCUUAUGACUCCAGCUGGGAGGUGCCCAGGGACAAGCUGGUGUUAGGACGCACUCUUGGCUCUGGUGCCUUCGGACGUGUGGUGGAGGCAACAGCCCAUGGCCUGAGCCAUUCACAUUCCACCAUGAAGGUGGCAGUCAAAAUGCUCAAGUCCACUGCCCGGAGCAGUGAGAAGCAAGCCCUUAUGUCUGAGCUGAAGAUCAUGAGCCACCUAGGACCCCACCUGAACAUCGUCAACUUGCUGGGCGCCUGCACCAAAGGAGGGCCCAUCUAUAUUAUCACCGAGUAUUGCCGCUAUGGGGACCUGGUGGACUACCUGCACCGCAACAAGCACACCUUCCUGCAGUCCUACGGAGAGAAGGCACGGCGAGAGGCAGAGUUGUACGGGAACACACCUAAGGAAGACCAUGUGCAGAGUCACCUCUCCUUGUCUGUCGAGAGCGAUGGGGGCUACAUGGACAUGAGCAAGGAUGACUCCCUGGAUUAUGUGCCCAUGUCUGACAUGAAGGGUGAAGUCAAGUAUGCUGACAUUGAGUCCUCUAACUAUGGCACCCCCUAUGAGCUGGACAGCUAUUCCCCAUCAGCUCCUGAAAGAACGGACCGGGUGACACUGAUAAAUGAGUCUCCACUCCUCAGCUACAUGGACUUGGUGGGCUUCAGCUUCCAAGUGGCCAAUGGGAUGGAGUUCCUGGCUUCCAAAAACUGUGUGCAUCGUGACCUGGCUGCUAGGAACGUCCUCAUCUGUGAGGGGAAGCUGGUGAAGAUCUGCGACUUUGGCCUGGCAAGGGACAUCAUGAGGGAUUCCAACUAUAUCUCCAAAGGCAGUACCUUCUUGCCCCUUAAGUGGAUGGCUCCAGAGAGCAUCUUCAACAACCUCUAUACCACCCUGAGCGAUGUGUGGUCCUUUGGGAUCCUCCUCUGGGAGAUAUUCACUCUAGGGGGGACUCCAUACCCUGAACUGCCUAUGAAUGAACAGUUCUACAAUGCCAUCAAACGAGGCUACCGGAUGUCCAAACCCACCCAUGCCUCUGAUGAAAUUUACGAUAUCAUGCAGAAAUGCUGGGAGGAGAAGUUUGAGAUCAGACCAUCCUUCUCACAGCUGGUGGUGCUUAUGGGAAACCUCUUGGUGGACUGCUACAGAAAGAGGUACCAGCAGGUGGAUGAAGAGUUCAUGAAGAGUGACCACCCUGCUGUUGUCCGCACAAGACCCACAAUCCCUGGGCUGAACAACGCCAGGCUCACUCCCAGCUCCCCCACUGGCAGCAUCCUCUACACAGCUGUGCAUCAGAAUGGGGGCGAGAACGAUUAUAUCAUCCCUCUUCCCGACCCCAAACCCGACACAAUCUGCGAUCUCCCUCAGGAGGCCUCCAUCAGCCGGGCCAGCUCUAUACUGAACGAGGCCAACACAUCGUCUACAAUAUCCUGUGACAGCCCUCUGGGCCUCCGGCAGGAUGAGGAGCAGGAAUCCGACUCCCAGCCAGGCUGCCAGGAGCAGACCACAGGGCACCAAGAGGUGGAGGAGAGUUUCCUGUAGUCAGAGCUGGGCUGGCUCUGCGUCUCCCCAUGGUGAGACCAGCUGAGGGGCUGACCCACACAUCACAGAGAGCCAUGCUUUGCACUUGUACUUUGGGAUAUCCCCACCUGUCCCAGAAUUCCUCCUUCCUUCCCAUCUCCCAGUCCUGGGUGUGGAAUUAAAGACUCUUCCCCAUUGUCAUUCCCUUCCCCCUUAAGAAGAGGUGGAUCAGUGCCAGCAACCAUCCAGAUCACGGCCAUAUCCUCCUCAGUGAUCAAACCACUGCAGGAUGGAGACAUCUCACAGACCAACAUCUUCAUUUAAAGUGGAAGACGUGGGUUGGAUCUCCACAAGAGACGUCACUUUCUGCAUUGCUAAGAUGAUACUCCAGCCUUUUCCCCCUCCAUGGCAACGAGUUUCAUCUCCUCUGCACCAGCACUUCUCUGAUGGUCUCAGUACCAGCCACACCACAAAAUCCUACCCGGACAUAUGAUUUGCUCGGAGCCCACUGCUGGGGCAAAGAGAACCUGCAACACCAACUUUCAGCUGCUGGAGAUCAAGAGUACAUUGGGCAAAUCCUUCUCCAAGCACAGCCAAGUCCUGGAGAGACCAACCAGCAUCUCGGAGAUAGUGAAUCACUGUUUUCGUUUCUUGAUAGCUCUUCGACGGUGGACAGAGCAUCACAAGCACUACAGGUACCCGUGGCUCUGGGGCACAGCUCUACAUGCCUCGAAAGGGGCUGUCAAACCCCAAACCCUUUUGUGUCCAGCAAGGCACCAGGAGCCCCAGAGACGUGCCAGGACCUCAAAAUGCUCUCACAAUGACUCUGUUGUAGUAGCAAAGAGGGCAAUCCAAUGUUGUUUGUGUUGUCUGUGUGGACUCUAAGGUAAUUAUUCUCCAUUGAAGAUUUAAAGGGAACAAAUACAUUAAUCCACUAGCCAGGGCCAGUAUAAGGAAACAAUAUGGAUAUUCAUCAAUUCACUGCCACUAAGCCCAGCUCAUCUGCUGGGAAAUCAUAUAACCCUGUCAGCUGCAAAAUCUUUGUGCCUUAUCUUUGGGAAGGAAGGGCUCCAUAUGUAUAGACUGUUCACCCAAACACCCUUUCCCAGGGUGGGAGGUCUCACCGGUCUCUCCUGAGUCGUAGAAAGACUAUGGGGAGUGAUAAGGAUGCCAAAACACCAACCCAGGGACAUCUCAAGAGAGAAGGAUGGAGAGAGGCUGGGAAGAUCUUUGGUCAUAGCCAAACUGUAUCUCAAACCCUGCCGCUUUCUAGGGGCCAGGCUCAGCCGCUUCCACCCUGCCAAGGCUGUGGGUGAAGUGUUUGGGGAACCAAGCAGAGCAAGAAGAAUUGGGGAGGAUUCCUCUCUCUUGGAAGGUGUUUUGAAGAAUAAAAGGGCAGAGACCUUCCUCCUGCUUCUCACCUCCUUCCAUGCUUCUCACAGGCAGGCCUGGGAUGUGUUGUGUUCUCAGGUGCCGCUUGAGGAGACUCAAAGCAGGAGGAAUGCCAGGCUGUGAAAUCAGUGGUGAACCCCACCUCUGCAGAGAUGAAAGACUCCAAAAACUACAGCUCUGACACCUUAGAAACUAGCAGGUUUUUUGUCUGAAAGGAGAGGUUUUGCCUUGCACAGAGCUCUGCUCGCUGCAUGCCCCCAACUCCCGUUAACCCCUUCAUUGCCCUACUCAUGCACAUCUCUGUGCAUCCCUGCUGAACCCACUCAGGCAGGCUUAUAAAUUCAGAAACUCAAUCAGCAUCUCGCUGGGCUUCUGCCAUCUCAGAGCCACUGAGAAUUAUUUUAUUCUAAAUAUGAAACUUCUGCCAAAAAUCCCAGAAAAACAGCUUCUGUUAAGUUGUCUAUCAUUGCAAUGCUGCCAUUUGUGCAGCUAAAAGAGGAGUAAAUGUUUUGUGGGCUGUUGUCCUUGGUAAAAUGUGAACAUAAAAAACAGCAUUUCUAUUGGCAGCUGGUGGAGUAUAUUUUCAGCCUGUGUGGUCAGAUUCCCCACCAUCCAUAGGAAACACACUGUGAAUGACAACUGUUUUUCCAUGCUCUGUUCCUCCAGCUUGUAAUGAAGGAGCCAUCUUCUGUGGCCGUGGUUCAUGAAAUGAUUCUAACUAUGGAGAAGCAGUAACUCAUGGGAUCCUUGGGAUCCGACCACUUUAUGCUUUCUAACAUGUAAGGUGCUUGGUAAGAUCUGUGUCACUGCAACUUGAGCCCAUAGGAUGACACAUUUGAUCAUCCUAAUAGCCCCUGGCUGCACCAGCUCCCUUUUGAACUUGUCCUUCUCUAUUGAAGGUGACCAGAAGUAGCCAGUACUCCAGGUGAGGUCAAACCUACACCUCGCAUAGGGCAUUAAUAGUUCUGGUCUGUACUGGGUCUGACUUGCCUGGUGUAGUGGAUAACAUUGGCCUUUUCCCAGCCACAACAUACUGGUAGAUUGAAGUCAGCCUCUCACCAACCUAAGCACUUACAUCUUUCUACUCUUCCAGUGUUUCUAACUAAGAUACUCCCUGCUGUUCCAGACAUUGGGUUGUCAGCAUAUUUUGUUAAUGAACUGUUAUUUUUGGGCUGGGCUGACUAGUAAAAAUAUUAAAUACUUCUAGCAUCAAAAGCAACCCUAGAGAGCUACUUUUCCUACCUCUGUCCAGCCCGAAGUUCUCCCCAUCAAUUAACCCCUUCUCACCCUCCCUUUGCCCAUUCACUUACUUCACAAAUCCUGUAUUAAACUCCAUCUUCUACAGAUCAGUUACUAAUAACAUAACUGAUUUCCCACUAACAAAUGGGAAAACAUGAAAGAGGAUCUGAAAGUCCUGAAAAAGGAGAUACAUUUCUUCUCCUUGCUGGGAGAAUUCAGCUAUCCUCUCCCAUUAGCUGGGCAUUAGCUACGCUUGGAUACCUAUUGCAUUUUAUCCCGUUUGUAGAUUCAUUACAAUUAUUCUUUGCAUGAAAACCUGUUCUGGUUGCUGUUGAAGUGCUAAUCCGACCUCCCUCUUCCUUCUUAGAGUUGGUACUGCAGACUGUUUGAAAAAUGGUACUGUUCUCUGCUCCAGAGAGAUACAACCAAAUAUUUGCCUCUGGCCCUGUGAUUGCAAGGGCCAGGUCUUGCACUUCGUGGUACUUUCCUGUCCUUACUCAUCUCUUCCCAUCACCAUUUAGCAAGGACGUGCAGUCCCGCUGCAGCGAGCAGAUCUCAGCCAGGGGCAGGCUGGCAGCUGGGCAAAGCCAACAGGUUUUGUUAAGCAUCCCUGCAGCUCUCCUCAAAGAGAGGUCUUUGCAGGGCUGAGGUUUACACCAGCCCCCCAGACAAGUUCUCUCCUCCUGGGCAGCCAGAUCCAGCCCCCCUGCUCCCUCUCUCUCUCUGCUGCCGACAUUCCAGUUCCUGUGCAACCUGGUGGGUGAGGGUCAGCAGAAAUGGUCAUCUGUUCUGUGUCCAUUGGUUUUGCAGCCAUUGUUUCUCUAGUGAGAUUCUGAAGGAAACUGGUCCCGCUGGGUUUUUAGUUUCGAUGAUCAGUAUGUUUGUUUGGAUGUGUUUUCACCUUUAGAGUUGGACCCAAACUGAGCGACCCCAAAAGAGACACAAGCCGCAGCUCGGGCCCAUCUCUAGUGCAAUAUCUUUUAUUUGUAGAUUGUAUUUUACUCUACAGCUCUUACAUCAUUAUGAGCACCAGUAUAUGCAUAAUCCUACUGCCAGCCACUAUUUCGUACAUACCUAAGUGUAUCCCAGAAACUAAUGUAACACUCCAGUGUCUCUUUCCACAUUUAAGAUGCUUCUCAGACUGACAUGUGCACAGAUUUUAAUCCUUUUGUCCUUCUCGGUUUGAGCGUGUUAUUGUUUUUUGAAGCGAGAGUGUCACGUGUAGUGUUUGUUUGUGUCGUGUUAAGAAAUCUAGAGCACAGCGUACUUUACUUGUAACUAAAUUGUCUCUGUUUACCUGCCAAGGGGACUGCAGCAGAGUCCCAUGGGGACGGGAGGCAGAAGUACAGUGUGGAUGUGCAGCCAGAAGUGAGAAAUGGCUCUUCCCCUUCUUCCCAGUCAGGGUUCUGGGAUGGGGGAAGAGACAGCACCAUAAAUACACACAAAUACAGGGUGUUGGGUGCUGGGUUCGUGUUUGGCUGUGGGGAAGCUGAGCCUGUGUAAAGCUGAUAUCUGGAGAAGGGGAUUUCACAGGUGUCUCCUUUUAAGGGCUUUUUCUAGAACGUGAUGCUCUGAGGUGCUAAGGAGGCAAACUCCAUGCUCCAAUGCACGGGUGCAAGGAAGGGCUCUGGCCAGGCUCAGUGCUUUGCUCACAUCCCAGGAUCGGUGUGGCUGGUUCACAGUGCAAACCACAGGCUGUUCCAUAUGGACAGGAGGGCAGCGGGCUGCCAAGCCAGCCCCAAGGAGCCCAGGUGCAGCACGGCUGCGCUCUCACUUGGAGAACAUGAAGGUCACCCUUUGGCAGCCCUUUGGCAGCCUCUGCUCUGGGUUGCUGCACGAGCAGAGAGCAGCGAGGGCGGCUGCAGGUCCUCCCUGGGUGUUGGGCAGCUCUCGUGCUGGGAGGCCUGCAGCAUCCCACUGUUCCUGUCCUUUCCUCCUUCAUGGAUUGCACCAUAACGGCAAAGUGUGCCCAGAGCGUGCCCUCUGCCCUCUCCCCUGCCACUCUGCUGGCUUGCUGGCAUCACUCUGUUACUCUGCAGCACUUCUGAACAGAAGCAGCACCUGCCUCUACCCCGUCUUUCAGAAACCAUCCCGAGGGCAAAGGAAAAACAGAGUUCGGACUAAGGUACCAAAGAGUUAACAUUUUCCUAGGUUUACAGGUGUAUUUGUAGGAUUUGUACUAUAUCACAUCUAUAGCCAUGAGAUAUUAUUUUUAUGCUGUAAACUUUUACGAAUACAUUUUUAAAGAAAGAGUUUAAAAAUAAAGGUGGUUUUCUUUUUGCAAA